AGCUGCGUUAUCAACACUUGUUUCGGGCAGAGUCGCGCGCGUGAACGACGUGCGCACUAAUAUCUGGUUGACAUUGAACACAAAUUACGUUACGUUUUUGUUUAUGCUACAAACAAUAGUGCAGAAUGUUGGAUUUGUUUGAUAUUCUCCUCCAAUCUGGGCUAAUUACUGGUGCUCUGGUAUUGUAUUUACUCAUUUUCAAGAAGGAGACGCCAAGUAAGGGUGCAUACAAGAAUGGGGGCUGGAACUACUCACUGCGCUUGCUAUUUGCGCGGUUUGCGGUGAGUCGGUGGAAGUCUCAGCUGAAGCCAACGAAACUCCACGAGCUGCCUCGCACGGAGCAGUACUCAGGAUGGGACAACUUCUCUGUCCGGGCGACUGCCCCCGACGGCUCAACACUCCUGCUCUCAAUCCGGAAGCUGUGCGGAAGGCAGCCGCUAGCAGAAGUUGUAGUCCACGUCAAAUUGCCAGAUGGAACUACUUAUAAAUUACCACAGCAUCCCGACACUGCGGUCUGUGCCUGGGACAAUGUCGACGGCGGCUGGAGUGCGAAUGGCCUAAAGUUUCAGGUGUUAGAUAACCAGGAACGCUAUAGAUUCUUGUACAACGGUCUCUUAACAAGAGUUGAGGAUGGAGUCACACAACAUGUCAAAUUGAACCUUCUAUGGUCUUCAGCUACGCAUCCGAUAAAAUAUCCAGAAGAUUGGAAUAACAAACUGGCUGCUGAGACACUGGCUCUAGAAACGUGGAGUGGCGCAGAGUACGCACAUAUGCUGGGCAAAUGGGAAGAAGGUGGUUGGCUUCAAUGGGGUACGGUGCAGGGUCGGUUCCUGUCGUUCACUGAGGUAGGCGAUGCCGACAAGAGCGUGUACCUACAGACCCGGGGCGUUAAGGAGAGGAGGUGGGCUCCUCACGCGUAUGAGGGCCUUAGACGGUCCGUGGCCAUCACUGCUUCGGCUAAAGAUGGUACCGCCGUGCAGCUUCAUUGCCUGUCCUACAAGAAUGUUUUGACGCAUUGCAUAUCAGGAUGCGUCAGAUAUCCGGAUUUCACAUCGAGUACUAUAAACUACACCGACCUACAGAUGUCAGACUUCUGCGAGAGACCUGACGGAAUCCCUAACGUCUACACCAUUCAAGUGAGCACCGACAUCAGUACCCUGAAACUGGUGCUUAGGAUCAACCCUGAUGGCGGCAAAUUAUUCAGUGGGGUUCCUUACCAGCAGGAGAUAGUGUAUCGUACCAUGCAAGUGGACAUCAACUGUGAGUCCGGGACGGGCAUUUUGGAACUCGGAUAUGAACCAUUAGUGAUAUCUGAACCGUCCCGGAUCGCCCCAGCUCGUCUCCUUAAGUGGUUGACAGAGAAACAAGCGGGUGAGGUCGGCUACUGUGUCUCGUUUGAAGACCGCGGCGCAGCUUGCCCUAUGUAUGUCGGGGGAAAAGGAGCAUCGCUAGCCUUGCUGGCGUCUGUCCAAAAAGAGGAGGGUUACCGAGUGCCACCUGGCUUUUGCUUAACAACCAAAGCCUUAGAAAAACAUCUUGAGCUCAACCCUGAACUGAUAGCUGCUAUUCGUGAGAUAGAGGCUGCUAAUGAAGAUUACAAUGAAAAUAAUUUCAAAGAGAAAUGUAAAACGGCUUCGGAACUGCUUGCUACAACAGAAAUCAGGACACCGGUUCGGGAAGAAAUUCUGGAACAGAUUAAAAUGUUGAGGUCGAAAGCUACGGAGCAGAAUCUUGGUCCUGAAUUAAGAUUUGCAGUACGCUCGUCAGCUGUUGGAGAAGACAGCGAGGAGCUAUCGGCCGCCGGACAAAAUGAAACGAUUCUUGGAUGUAUGAGCGAUGCUGACAUACUCGAGGGUGUCCAGAAAUGCUGGGGAUCUAUGUUCGCUUUCACCAGCGCGUAUUAUCGCAGACAGAACGGUCAGGAGUGUGUGUGUGGCGGUGGCGUGGUGGUCCAGGCGCUGGUGGCGCCGCGCGCUGCCGGUGUCAUGUUCACGCGACACCCCGCGCAUGGAGACCCUUCCAAACUGCUCAUUACUGCCAAUUAUGGAUUAGGCGAGAGUGUGGUCUCCGGUGCGGUAGAGCCUGAUACGGUCAUAGUGGAUCGCGACACAACUGGCAAACUCAGUAUUACAAAAACUGAGCUAGGUUCCAAGAACCAGCGAGUGAAGACAGAGGGCAGUGGUACUGCAAUGGAAGAUGUGCCGGAAGACGAAAGAAACGUUGCCUGUAUUACAAACGAUCAAGUAUUGAAACUAGCGAAAAUCGGUGUAUCCCAGGAAGCGCUGUGGGGCGCUGGCAGAGAUAUAGAGUGGGCUGUUACUGAGACCGAGAUAUUCCUGUUGCAAGCGCGCCCUAUCACGUCCCUGGAUCGGUGGACAGACGAGGAGCUGUUACACGAAUUGGACUCACCUAUCAUGGCUGAUGAUGAAUUGUUGUCAUUUGGAAAUGCAGGCGAGGUCUUUCCGAAGCCAAUUACACCUAUGACAUAUGACCUAGUUUUAACGCCAUUGAUGCAAGGUAUGGAUAAUAUGACCGGUACCAACGGAAGCGGUUACGAUAAGUCCGUAUUCGUGACCCACAAUAGAUGCACCAUAGCACUCUACAAUACUCUAUACAGGAAGAUUCCUAAGGAACUUGAUGUAAAUAUGCGCUUAAUAGAAUUGGCCAUACACGGCCAUGAGGUUGCUGACGACCAGAUUAUAAAAACGGCGAAACAUAGACGGCCGCCUUACUGGCUCGACAAAUUAUCACAAAUCGGGCUCAUGAUUAAGACUAUAGCAACAUCUAAAAAAGUAAUGGAGAGUUCUGAAAAAGCUGUCAGAGAAUUGAAUUACGAUAUAGACGUGGAUAGUAUUGAAGAGUUGUAUAAUAUGCUCCGGGAGUCACAGCAGAAAAUGAAACUGUUUUCAAACAACCACGCCGCGACUAGCACGGCCAGUACUUGUGGCCAAUCAAUAGCUAUGAAUGUGUAUUUGGAAGGGAGUCAAGAAUUUACCCCAGAACAGUGCAAUGAAAUAGGCGGACUUUUUAGUUCGGGUGACGUGUUAUCGGCCGAGGUACCGGUGGCCUUGGCUAACAUUGUCCGGCAAAUAGAGAAGACUGGGAGGGCUGAAGAGUUUCGAGCUCUCGAUCCAAAGAAAGCUCUCGAGUGGCUGAAAUUCAACUUCCACGAUGACAUCUACGUCGAUGUUCGAGAAUUUUUGGAACACCACGGAUAUCGCGCCAUUAUGGAGUUCGACCUUGUAACAAAACCUUGGGUGUUGGUGCCAGAAGACAUGAUGAAAGUCCUCCAGAACCUGCGCAUUACAAAUGAAGAGAAAACUGUCAAAAGUAGUCAGGACAUGAUAGCCGCUUUAACCGGCCCCCAAAAACCAAAUACCAAGAAAAUUCUUAGUUACGUCCUGCCGCUAUGCCGUCGCACCGUCAGACACAGAGAGUCAACGAAGGCGCAUAUGAUUCUGGCUAUACACAAGAUAAGAAUAGGUUUCCUGCGCUUGGGCCGCAUGAUGGUCAGAAAGUGGUACAUCCCACACCCUGAACUUAUUUUCCAUUUCCGUCUACAUGAACUCAAGAACUAUAUAACGACAAGGGAUCCAGCUUUAUUGAAGAAAGCCCUACAACGUGAGCAAUAUCAUCCGGGGUGGUGUAAGUUAAAGUUCGCGGAAAUAAACACCGGUUGGGUGAAGGUUUUGGAGAUGAAUGGACCGCAGGUGUUGUCUGGCGAUGUCAAGAUGAAAGCGACGUCGGUGAACGGAGGAGACGUGGUUGCCAGAGCUUGUGUCGUUAAAGAUUUGUCUGAGAUCGGAGAUUUACGUCGUGGUGAUGUUCUGAUAACGCACGCUACAGACAUUGGCUGGUCGCCGUACUUCCCGCUCCUGACAGGCAUCGUGACGGAACUAGGUGGACUUAUCUCUCAUGGUGCCGUAAUAGCUCGGGAAUAUGGAUUACCGUGCAUCGUAGGUGCAGCGCAAGCUACGGACAUCUUUAAAACAGGAGAUUUAGUCAGGCUGUCAGGUAGCAUGGGAACCAUAGAAAAGGUGGAGAUAAAAGAAGAUCAGCCAGAAGAGAAAACAGAGGAAGUAAUUUAAGCCCAAAUAACUAAGUAUUAAAACAA